GCUCCUGCCAGGGGAACUCCGUGGAGAGGAAGAUUUACAUCCCCCUGAACAGAACUGCCCCCUGCGUGCGCCUCCUCAACGCCACCCACCAGAUCGGCUGCCAGUCCUCCAUCAGUGGGGACACGGGGGUGAUCCAUGUAGUUGAGAAGGAGGAAGACCUGAACUGGGUGCUGACCGACGGCCCCCACCCCCCCUACAUGGUCGUGCUGGAUGGGAACCUCUUCACCAGGAGCGUGAUGCUGCAGCUGAAGGGAACCUCACGAGUGUCAGGCCUGGCUGUGGCUGUUGCCACCCCCAGCCCUCCCAAGGGCUUCUCUCCUGGUCUGAAGUGCCCCAAUGAUGGGUUUGGUGUCUAUUCCAAAGAUUACGGGCCCCAGUUCGCCCACUGCAACACCACCGUGUGGAACCCCGUGGGCAGUGGCCUCUCCUAUGAGGAUUUUGACUUCCCCAUUUUCCUCCUGGAAGAUGCCAACGAGACCCAAGUCAUCAAGCAGUGUUACCAAGACCACAACCUCCCCCGUGAGGGAGCUGCCCCCCAGUACCCCCUCUGUGCCAUGCAGCUCUUCUCCCACAUGCAUGCUGUCACCAGCACUGUCACCUGCAUGAGGCGUAGCUCCCUCCAGAGCACCUUCAGCAUCAAUCCAGAGGUGGUGUGUGACCCUCUCCUGGAUUACAAUGUCUGGAGCACUUUGCAGCCCAUCAACUCCUCUGGAAAAGUGGAGCCUGAGAAGGAAGUGAUCAUGGUGGCCACCCGAAUCGACAGCCAUUCCUUCUUCUGGAACAUUGCCCCCGGGGCAGAAAGUGCUGUCUCCUCUUUUGUCACCCACUUGGCUGCUGCUGAAGCCCUUCGUAAAGCAGCAGAUGUGCUCUCCCUGCAGAGGAAUAUCAUGUUCACCUUCUUCCAAGGGGAGACCUUCGAUUACAUCGGCAGCUCCCGCAUGGUGUAUGACAUGGAGCAGGACAAGUUUCCCCUCCGUUUGAGCAACAUCCAUUCCUUUGUGGAGUUGAAUCAGGUGGCUCUGAGGAAUGGCUCAGUUCUCUGGAUGCACACAGACCCUGUCUCUAGGAUGAAUGGAACCAUUGAAGCACAGGUUAAAAACUUGCUGGGCAUCCUGAGCAACAGCAGCCUGGGCACGAACGUGACUCUGCAGGAAGCUGGAUUCUCCCAACCUCUUCCCCCAUCUUCCUUCCAACGUUUCCUUCGGGCCCGGCACAUCCCCGGCGUGGUCCUGACCGACCACAGAACUGCCUUCCAGAACAGAUACUACCAGAGCAUGUAUGACACCCCAGAGAACAUCCAGCUGCAGUACCCUGAGGGGCUCAGCCCUGAGGAGACCCUGGAGUAUGUCACAGACACAGCCAAGGCCCUGGCAGAAGUUGCCACAGUGGUGGCUCGUGCUCUCUACCAGCUUGCAGGGGGAGCCAACAACACCUCUGCUAUCCAGGCAGAUCCAAAAACGGUCUCUCGAAUGCUCUAUGGGUUUCUCAUCAAAAUGAACAAUUCCUGGUUUCAGUCCAUCAUUAAAUCAGACCUGAAAGGAAUUCUGGGUGAUGUUCCCCAACACUACGUGGCUGUCUCCAGCCCUGUGAACACCACCUACCUUGUGCAGUAUGUCCUGGCCAACCUCACAGGCACUGUGGUCAACCUCACCAAGGAAGAGUGUCUGAACCCUGAGAAAACCCCCAGCACUGAGAGAGAAGUGAGUGUCCAGCAGUGGGGUGAGGG